CUAUACUUGAAGUGCUGCAUUGCAGACUUUUAAAUGGCUUGACAUCGGCAUGUAGUUCACCGAGUGCCUUUACACUGCCUGCACGUUAGCUGCAGGAGCUAUUCACAUUAGCUUAAUCUGAAGCGUCGCCGUUUCAUGUGCAUGUCUACGUGUAUUAAAGUCACUUUUAAUAAAACCGAAUACGCCACAGAGCUCUGGAGCAAUAUGACGCGUUAGUUGACCGGCUAGUUUCUCUCUGUCCUUCUUUGUGCCGUUUGACGCUUGAGGUCAGAGGUCAUGGCUGCGGAUUGUGGCGUGUUCGUGGACUGGUCUCAGAUGGGCGAUGUGAGUCACGACGCGGCUCCCGGUAAGACCGAAUAUAAAGACUUAAAGGAGCUGAAGCAGCACGCCCGCUCAGGCCAGUGGGCCAAAAAUCACAGCCAGCGCUCGGCCGUUUACCAGCAGCUGCUCAAAGCGCUCCCGUGUCGCACCGUCACGCCGGACGCCGCGGUCUACCGGGAUAUCGUAGGCAAUUCCAAUUCCAAGUGCAACCCAUCCGCUUACCCAUUGCCAGAUUUUGUGGACGGGACGGCUGUGCCAUGCUACUGUCUGAAGGCCGAGUCUGUGGGAUCGGUGCAUGCUGUCAUUUCUUGCAUCGCAGGGCAGUUCCCAGAUAUAUCGCACUGCCCAACUUUACCAGCGGUGACGGCGCUGCUGCUGCACUGGAGCGCCGAUGAAGCGCAGUGCUUCGAGAGCGUCAGUCGCAUGCUGGCCUGCAAUGAACCCGGGCGCCGUUUAUUAGAUCAGACUUUCCUCGCGUAUCAGUCGGCCUGCAUGACCUUCGGCGACCUCGUGCAUAAAUACUGCCCGGCCGCGCAUAAGCUGAUGGUCGCCACGGCGACAGACGUGCUGGAGGUUUACUCCGAUUGGCAGCGAUGGGUUCUGGGCGACCUGCCUUUUAGCUUCGCUGCGCGUGUGAUGGACAUCUACUUGGUGGAGGGGUAUAAGGUCCUUUACCGCGUGGCGCUGGCGAUACUGAAGUCCUACCGCAAGCAGCGCAGUGCCGCCGCAGACUCGGCCCUAACCAAGCAGGACUCAGCGGCGGUCAGGAGCGAUAUCCAGGCGUUCGUGCAGAACAUCGGGAAAAGCGUGACGCCGGAAAAGCUGCUGGAAAAGGCCUUUUCCAUCCGCCUGUUCAGCCGGAAAGAGAUCACGCUGCUGCAGCUGGCCAAUGAGAAAUCACUCCAGCAGAAAGGCAUCACCGUCAAACAGAAGAGCUCUAUCAAAAGACAAAAUGUCCAGUUAGCUGUGAACGCUGAUAAUUUCAGCUCGGAGAUUGUCAGCGCUAAAGAGAUCAGAGAUAUUUGGUCGUGGAUCCCGGAGCGUUUCGCUUUAUGCCAGCCGCAGCUACUCUUCACCACAUCCACACACGGCUGCAGCCUCAACAGGUUUUAUUCACAUUGUGAGGGAUAUGAGCCGACAUUAAUGCUCAUCAGAACUACAGAUGGAGAGGUGUGUGGAGCCUUCCUGUCCACUGAUUGGGAGGAGCGGAAGAGGGGCGGGAACAAGCUCAGCUUCUUCGGCACUGGAGAGUGUUUCGUCUUUAGAAUGAAGCCGGAGAUGGAGCGGUACGAGUGGGUGGUUAUCAAACACCCGGAGCUGGCGAACGCGUCUCAGGCCGCAGAUGAUGAACAGACCGGAGCGAACAACAACGGUGGGCUGCAGUCUCUGGAGAAACCUGCAACAGACCCGUCUCACCUGUCCCCCUUUCUGUCCGCGCGACACUUCAACCUCAACUCAAGGAACACCUCCAUGUUUAUGGCGGGAAACAUCGACUCCAUCAUUAUCGGAGGAGGCGAAGGUAACGCUCUGUACAUCGACUCGGAGCUGAACCACGGCCGAACCGAGCACUGCCUGACCUUCGACAACCCGCCGCUGUGCGCUGAGAGCUUCCAGAUCGCUCUGCUGGAGGUUUGGGGCUUCAAAGACGCCAUGGCUUCAUAAUACCGACUCCAUUGUGUUGUGCUGGACG